AUGGAAUAAUGCAAUCAGGAGAAAUAUCAACUGUUCAGUUGCAAGUUGAGAGUUUUUCAGGUGAAGCUUUAAAUGUCACUCGCUUUGAUUUCUAUAAUUACAGUGAAAGCUACAGUGCAACCCUUAAUCUCUCUCGCUUUCCUUUCUCUGAUAAUAUACUGAUAGGGAGACUUGCUAUUCGUAUAUCAAACAUUAAUGUAACAAUAGAACCAUCUAUUAUAACAGUUAGCUAUAAUCCUCAAAGUUCUUAUGCUGCAACAACAACACCUGUCAUUGGCAUGGCUUCCAGUGAAACUGUUUACAUAACAUCCACUCCUACAAUUCCUUCACAAAGUUGCACACCAACAGUUUAUACAAGCACACUAACAAAAUCUGUUACUGGUUCUUGUAGCUGCACGGCAAUUACGAACACAAGCCCUUCAUUAAUUUUUUCUAAAGUAACAGUAACAGUUGAGAACAGUGCAUCGUGUUCCUCUGUAGUGCCAACAACACAACCAAACCAGUCCUCGUUGAACUCAAGUGUAGUUGUUGGAGGCGUAAUGGGCUACGUCAUAUUUUUAAUUCUCGGCGUCGUUGGUACCGUAGGUGGGUUUUUCUGGGGGAAAAGCACAAGACAGACAAUAGCUUCAAAUAAUGGACCAGUUAUUAUCAGUAAUUAUAAAAGUCAUGGAAAUGCAAUUGAGCCCAAGAGCAAAAAUCAAACCCUUCCUCUACCUAUGCUUCCACGACCACAAGGAUGUCAAAUUAAUGAUAAUGGUGAAGCGAUUAAUGAUGAGAUUUACACGGAAAUGGAUAAUUUCCAGGAAGAAAAAAAAUAUGAAAACCCUGAAGAAAUUACAGAUACGUACAUUUAAACAGAACUAUUUUUGCUGGGUGAGAUAACAAUUCCAAGUUUAGUUCAGGAAUAGAAUAGUAGUAGUCUAGAAUUUAGUUGCAUGUAGCUUUAGAUUUUGAACACAUAAUUUUAUGCUAGUAUGAUUUUUAAUGACAUUUCACUGCCAUGUCUUUUUAAUACUAAACGGCUACAUAUUAUACCACUGUAGUGUUGUAGAUCUUUAUAUUUCUUUUCACAAUAAUUUUCUUUUUGUAAAGUGGCUUUAAAUGGUAGCUUUGAAAUUAUAAUUGAUUAUUAGGACAGUCAAUUGAUUACCGUAUUAAGACAGUCUGAUUCACUGGACAUGACAUG